AUGACUUUUGGAGUCUAUACGGCAUUCGAAAGGACUCGUUCACAGCCUGCGGUUCACAGGACACCUGCAGAUUACGUACCUGUUGUUUCGCCUAGCUUGGUGAUUCCAAAGCCCCCUGUUGUUAGUUUCCCGGAGCGGCGUAGCGAAAUUUGGAACAUUUUAUACAAUGCACAAGGUGUGACUCCGUAA